AUGGUGACCCCAGCCUUUGUUAAAAAGAAAUGGGAGAACCUAAAGCAGAAAUACAAGGUUGGUUCGACAUAAUGUCGCAAUAAGUUAAUUCUUUAUGGUGUGCACUCUGGUACGCAGGCAUUAUUGCAUAAUUCUAAUUGUUUCCCUGCCACCUGCUCUCCUUCCUGCACAGGACCUCAAGUGCCCAAAAACCGGGGUCAGCACGGUGAGGGGUGAGACCACUGCCGCAUCCUGGAAGUGGUACACUUUGAUGGAUGAGGCAAUCGGGGGCAGGCCGUCCAUCACACUGCCUGUCCUCAUUGCCCUACUCUCCCAGGAUGCAGCGGUGGUCUCAACCCCCUCUGUGGUCAGCCCAGGAGGGGACAGCUCCACAACAUCCACCCCCAAGAGGUGGCUGGUGGAUGUUGUGGAGGCAUUGAGGGAGCUGCGGGAGAAGGAGGCCCAGCUGGAGCUUGAGGCAAGAGAGAGGGAGGCAAGGCAUGAGGAGAUAGAGGAAAGGAGAAGAAAAGAGGACAUAGAGAUAGAGCAAAGAAGAAGGCAGGAGGACUUGGAGAGAGAGGAAAGGGGAAGAAGAGAGGAUACUGAGAGGGAAGAAAGAAGGAAAAGGGAAGCGGUUGGAAGGGAGGAGAGGAUAUGGAGGGAGAUGAGAGAGAGGGAUGAGAGGAGGGAGAGGGAUAUGGCUGUGAGGGAGGAUUGGUUUUCGAAACUAUUAGAAAAUAUAUUUAAAAAGUAGUUUUUUGUUUUAAAUGCCUAAUUUGUAAAUAGUUUGUCAUUGGUUGCCACGUUCCAAAUGUUCAAUAUGUAAAUAGGGUAUCUUAACUUUUUUGUUCUAAAUUUUUUUAUAUGUAAACAGUUUGUUAUUUUUCUGUUAUGCACAAUAAAUGUUCAGACAUGAGGCACAUGUAAGUGAAGUUUUAAUGCAGAUUGAAAACUGAACCCAUAACAACAGUAUUAAGGAACAUAAAAGGACAUUUGAAUACAUCACAACAACAACAGUUAUUGAACGAUGUGAGUUGUGCCAUAUACACUGAACUUUUUACAUCAGUUUUGGUCUAUGUACACUGAACUAUUUACAUUAGUUUUGGGUUAUAUAAACAAAACUAUUUACAUCACAUUAGUUCUGGUGUAUUUACAGAUUAUAUUUACAUAUGAACAGAUGUAUUAAAUUGACAUUUCCCAAUUAACAGUUUGUCUGACACUGCACAGCCAUCCGGUGCCUGUCUUCUGCUCCACAGAUGAAGCCCGGAGGUGCUGGCUCUGGAAGGUCCCCCGCUGCUUCUUCCACAGCGUCUGCCUCUGGCUCCAGCAAGUCCCCAUUGCUGAGGCAAAUGUUGUGGAGGACUAUGCAGCAGGCGAUGACCUCCGGCACAAAAGUCACAUUCCACCUCCAGUGCCUUGA